GCAAAGCAGGCUGCCGCACAAUUCGAAGCAGAUGCCAGCCGAAAAGAGAUGCGAAAGCAGGUCAAGAUGACACUGAGGAGGAACAUCACGGCCGUCAGUGCGGUGUGGAGCGGAAUAAAGGCUACUACAAAUCGUGUGUUGGAGUUUAUGCAGAUCAACUGCCAGGAUGAUGCUUCGAAAGAGUAUGUGGAGUUUGCCUUUGCAGAUAUCCUUGCAGGCCAAGCAAUGCCUCAGGUAAAGCCGUGGCCGCUGGCACAGGUCGCUUGCCGAGUUUUCGAACAUUAUCCCAGGGCACAGGAGAUACUAACUGGCUUGCUUUGCCACAAGAGCCCAGCUGUGCUGUCAGACUUCCGCAACCAGCCCGAUCUGUCAAGCGAGGCGUUUGAUGAAUACGUGAACACCACGGUCGCUCGCCUUCGCUUCCUGCAAGCAAUAGCUGUGACACAGGGGGAACUGGGCGUGGUUUGGCAUUGGAUGUCCCGAACUGUCAACCAGCCGCCGCAGCCUCUUGCAGUUGUGCUGCUGCAUGCGACGCUGGAGUCAGUUGGUGCAGACGCCCAGGCUCGAUACAAGAAACAGUUCGACAAACUCAUUGCCCACCUUGAUGCUGUUUUCUUGGUUUCUGCGUUGGAGCUUUCGUCGAGACUGGUUGGCAAGGUGGAACAUGCCCACGUUCGAGCACGAUUGCACCAACUGUGCACAUGGGUCAGCGACUUCAAGAAAACAGGGAAGGCAGAGCCACCACCCGGGCGACACAUCACUGUCGCACACGAGGCUGCGUUGCUUGGCCUUAGUAUUCAAACAAGCUGA